UCAGGAUGGUCUUUCGUGCAUCCUAGUGACGGUUGUAGAAAUACGUUGCUGAAAUUCCUAAAAGUCAGGCUUUCCUAUUGGAUGUCAAUUCGGACUAUUCGAAACGAACCGAAACUUGGAAGUAGUUGAAGUUGCCGCUUUGCAAUUCCUGAAGUUGACUUCUUGCUCGUCGGCUUUACAUAUUUUUACUUCGAUUGUUUCGAUUUUCUUUCUACUUAUGUGUCUUCAUUGCACAUGCGCGAGAAAAAUAACACUAUCGCAAAUUUAUUUUGUUCACUUGUACGGUAAAGAACGGCGCGAAAGUGAACGGCUUUAAUUUCGAGCAUCACUAGCAAUUUUAAAUAGUAUCAUUACUUAUUCCCACGAAACAAUAGUAUUCGAUUAAUCAAGUUAAAUAUAUACGCGACAAAACGUUCUAAAGUGAUGGAAAUGGACAUGUUAAUUUGCAACAAAUGUUUCACUCCGCUUUAUAGAGGCAAACGUCCGUACUACAUUACACAGUGCGGUCAUAUCUCUUGCCAGACUUGUCUGCAGCAAUUCGAGAAGCAGUGUCCGCAAUGUCAACGUGUUGGCACCAUUUCGUUAGCAUUAGAAGAGCCGUUGAUACCAAAAUUGACACCGUUCUUCCACACUUCUAUUGCCGAGACUAUGGAAAUGUUGUUGAAGGUGGACUCGUUCCGCAACAAUCAAUUUAAAAUAUUGAUGCAGCGCUUCCAGGAACUUGAUAAAAAAUACGAGGUACUGAAAACCCGAUACUGGCUAGAUCGUCGCAAUUUGAAAGCGUUGACGGAAAAAUACGUGACUUCGAAGAAGGCUAAUGAGAAGCUCGAAAAGAAACUGCUAGUCAUCCAGAUGGCCAACAAGGAAACUCCACGAUCUCGAAUAGAAAUGCCGAUGACCGAUUCCGGUAUUUUUUCGAAUCAGUCGAAUACAGGAUAUUCUCUGGCAUCAUCAAUGAAUUUUAUGAAUUCCGCGGGCAUAACACCACCUAUUCGAUCGCUCGAAAAAAAAUUCUAUAGAACUGCCGAUGGUUUUCGCAUACCCGUAAAUCGUAAAUUACCUGCGAAAUCUCUUGCUUCUUCAAAUAUGUUAUCUUAA